ACCUCCUCCAGACUAAUGACCUGCUCAGCCUGCAGCUGGGUCAAUUACCAAGCAGCUUCAACACAUAAAGCCCACCUGUUCUGGAGCUUACACUCAAAGGAAACAAUGGAGAAUGUCAGUAAAGAUAUGAAGAGCUUUGAGUGUUCGUCUCCAUCGGAGCUUGACAGGAAGUUUUUGGGGGAACGGAGUCUGCUGUCUGCUUUGUUGCUGCAUCAACUGUCCACAUCGAGAGCGUCGAAUGACGCGACGGCUGAUGGAUCUGACACCAGGCUGACCAUGGCUUCUCUCUGCUUGUCAUCGGAACCCAUUUCUCCCUCUGAGGCCUUUUCAAUGAACAACUUAAGCGCUCAAGAGAUUGGCAAUUGUCACCUGGCUGUGCCUUUACAGGGGAAGUCCUCCACUCCCCAGAUGCCCCUUCAAAAGCAAAAAAAGCUUGCUUGUUUUGACCAUUCGUACAGUGACCUCACUGCCUCUCAAAUGUCUUGGGAUGUGUCUUUGAUUAAAUCAGAAAACAGCCCCAAACCCAGCAUGGAGUCCAGUGCUCUGGAGGCAACAUGGAGUCCAAGACCCCAGUCUAGGCAACAUUCACUAGCUGAUGUUUCCCCUUGACCUAGCUAACAAGUCCCUCUAAACCAACCUAACGUGGAGAAAAUUCAGAUAUUUGGAAGG